GACCAGACUUCGGUGAUUUCAAUCAGCAAUUAAAAAAUCAAUCAUUUCUUUCUUUCAACUUCAUCAAUCUCUUUAAUAAUAAGGUCUUUUGUCAUGGCUGGUCCUCGUAUCAUCUCCCACUCUGUUCGCCUCCUCGGCGCCAAUCCUGAGAACGUCAGACGCUGGUCUGGGGCAGCUGCUCGUUUUGGUGUUGCUGCUGGCGCUGGUGUUCUCUUCUUUGCCGAGUGCCUUCCCCCAGCUAAGACUGAUUUGUUCUGCAAGCUCCCUGUCAUCGGUAGUUACUGGAAGGAUUAUGAGGCUAAGGAUGAGGAAUAAACUUUUUCAGUUCUUUUUAAAAUCAUACCUUCUGUCUCCUUCAACAAGCAAUUAGCGACCAUCGAUCAUCAACCAUCCAACCAGCAACUACCUACAAUAUUAAGCUCCUUAACAUCCACGUUUUUUUUUUCCUUUGCCCAACAGGGAGC